UCGCCCGAUCCUCCUGCUGAACAUGAACAGGUUUGCAGGUCACUGACCCCGCAGCGCCCCCUGCAGGCUCCUCACCUGAUGGCUGGGAUGGACUGGAUGGAGCCCGGAAACAGGAAGUGAUGCAGUUUAUCCAGCAGAGGGCGGCGCGCUCACACAAACUACCGCUUACCGUUUGUAAAAUGACCCAGUCACAAAUUAACUAAAUUAAAUUGAUCAUUUAAUCUGCUGUGAGAUGAAAACAUGAGGAAGGGUUAUUAAUUAAUUGAUUUGGCUUAAAACCAAAUACUUAAAUAUUUAACUUAAAGAUAAAUAUUUAACUUGCUAAUAAACAAUUUAGUUAGAUAGUUAACUCGUUAGGUUGCUAAUGUUUAGCUCUGAGCUAGCUGAAUAUUUAGCUCAUAAACUAAAUAACUGAAUAACAUGGUGAAAAUAUGACUUUGAAAAUGAAACUUGUGCUUUUCACUGAUAGAUUAAAUUAUCUAAAUUAUUGCAGCUAAUUUUUGACUGUUAACUUUACAAACUACUUUACAGUUUGUACCCAUCAAGCUCACUAAUUGCUCCUAAAUCUAUCACAAAACAGAAAUGUGACAUAUAUAAAUGUCCUAGAUGAAUAACAAAUAACCGGAGAGGGUUAUUAUGUUUUCAGCUAGCUAGCUAGCUAGCGAGGUUGUCCAGUUCCGGUUCUCUAAUUCAGGGGAGACAAACUUCCACGCUACACUUUCUAAAGGCGAUUCUAGAAACUUUAGUUAUUAGCAGUUAAUAAAAACCAGCAGCGCAGCUCUGCUUUAGUCUAACCUGAACUUUAACCUGCAAGCUGGUGUUGGAAUAAAACCAUGUUAACUGGUUUAACUGGGAAUGGAACGAUGUGUGUCCCAAACUGCAAACAAAAUAAAUAGAAAAAAAAAAUCCUAAUAAGGUCAUAAACAUGACCGCGGACUUAUGGUUCAGAAAUAAAUCCCCAAUACUGGGUCGAUUCUGUAGGGAAACCCAGUGGGUCAGAACCAGGUCAAAGGCAAUGCUACUGAAUACAUGGAUAACAUAACAAUGAAUUAUUCUGAUGUUUAUGAAAGAGAAAUAAUUUUAUUCCCGAACAGAACCAGAAGAACGUUCUCUGACUGUCGGAAUUUAAGGAUCAACGGUUCAGAAGCGAAGCGAACCGAACAGACUUGACCUAGACGGUUCGGAACCGAACCGAGCGGUUCUGGUCUCAAACUGAUCAUCAAAACUUUAGAGAUUAAAUCAAAUGGGAUCUAAAAUAGGAGAUUUAAAAUAAAAACUCUGGACCACCGGUGGGAAACGGAGACAGUUGGACUCCUGCACGUUCAUAUCCAACAUGGAGGGACCGGAGGACCGGAGUCCCCGAUUUCCUCCGCGGCCUCCGGGCAUCCAGAGCCAGCGGAGGGCCUCCAGAGGGCGGCCCAGGAGCGGCGGGGCUCCGGGAGGAGAGAGCCGUCCAGGUGGAGCUUGAAAACACCGGGGCUCCGCCCACUGGGGGGGGGAAGGGCGGGGCUAUCAGUGGAAUGUGGAACAAAGACCGAGAAACACAGUAAGAGGUCUCACUCUGCUGGUUUUUCUCAGGAACGUUUGAUUUAAUCCCGAGUUUAAGGAUCUACAUUCUUAGUAACUCAAAGAAAAGAUGGUUAAUGAGCUGAACUUAUGGAGCGAUUUCCAAUCAUUAUAACCAACAAAAUGCUUUUACACUUUGGGUGUUUAGCAGCAGGUGAAGAGUCCAUGUUGGGCAUCAUUAUAUAUGAUCAAAUCUACAACUUUCUACUACAAUCUACUACAUCUUUUGUGGAAAGGACACAGAAACAAUAAAUUGUGUUUUCUACACAGCUAAAAGGAAAAAAUUCCCAUCAACUUUCUUUGGAAUAAGGUGGAUCAAACCAAACAUUAAACUUCCUGAAUCUUUCUAGAGGUAUAAUAACAUUUGGUUAUUAUAGAAAAAUAAAACAGUUGUAAUUUUACAAUCUAACAUUUUGUCUGGUGAAAUUCUUUAUUCAGACUCAGAAGCGCUCAUCCUCAGUCUUUAACAUCUCUUAUCUGAAUCCCAGUUUUAUUUUAAAUCUCUAAAAUAUAUUAAAACAUGUGAAGAGCUGUGAAAUAUUAAUCUAAUCAUCCAUUAAUGCCUGUUAAUUCUAAAACAUGAACUUCCUUGUUUUUGGUGUUUUUAGUUUUACUUCAUGUUCAUUAAAUGACAUAGACUGUUAUUUAUAGAUUUGCACAUUGCCAUGCUAGUUUGGAAAUGUUUUGGUAAAUAAAGUUUAAAAAAAUAAAAAGUGGGAUCAAAUCCUGGGUGUAAAGGAGAUGUUGAUGAGGUCAGAGGUCAAACCGGGUUAGAACCCGACCGAAACCGCAGCUGGAAGUCAUCUGACCGCAGGGAUCAAACCAAAACUGCAGACUGGACCCAAACGGUUCCGCCGGUCCAAAAGCUCGGAGGGAUUCAUCUCCUCUCAGAGCAGCUGUGACUCUGUGCGUCAUGACGUCAGCGACAGAGCGUCAGCUGCCCUGCUUCUGGCGUGCAGCGUUCAGAAUAAAGCGCCUCUCUGUCAGCUGUUCUGGGUCUCGGGUCCGGACGAACUUCCAGGGGUUCCGAGUCCAGUCAGGAUGUCGACGACGUCUCAGAAACACCGCAACUUUGUAUCGGAGCCGAUGGCGGACAAACCGGUCACGGCGCUGGCCGGGAUCGGAGACAGACUGGGCCACAGCCUGAUGGAGCAGGGCUACGAUAAGGCCUACGUGGUUCUGGGUCAGUUCCUGCUGCUGAGGAAAGACACGGAGCUGUUCUGCUAUUGGCUGAAGGACGUCACGGCAGCCAAUAGCAAGCAGGCUGAUGACUGCGCCCAGUGCCUGAAGGAGUGGUGCGACGCCUUCCUGUGAGGACGCCCCGCCCCUCCAGAGGCCCCGCCCCUCCAGAGGCCCCGCCCCUCCAGUUCCCACCCUGCGUUGCUGUUCUGAGCUGCCAGAUUUUCUCCUCUUUAUUCUGUAAAAGUUUGUCAUUAAAUCUUUUUGCCCAGA